AUGGGAGGAAAGAACAAGCAGCCACCGAAGAAGGCUGUUGCCAAGACACCGGCUGCCCGAUCACCUCAGCCGAAGUCUCCCUCGCCAUGCGGGGAAGGCCUUCCGAGCGGUCCGAUUGCACCGACUACGGGAAGGCCUCCUGCUCCGCCGAUUCCCACGGAGCAGGCUGAUUCUGACAUGGGCACCGAUGAAGCCCCUGUCCCGAUUCAGACUCCGAGAGAUGAGUCUACCGGGGGUGGAAAGCGCUCUGAGGAUAUUCCGAUAGGAUUGAGGAUGAAGGCGAUGAUGCUGAAGAUUGGGAUCCAAGAGAUCCCACAGGCCUCAAUCUGGCAACGCCUCGAGCAGCUGACAUGCAACCCUGGUUACGAUCAAAAGCUGCACCAGCUGGUUGACUCCUUCCUCCUCACUACUCAUCCGCUCGCGGAUAAGCAGAGGAAGCAGUACCCCCGAGAGAUUAUGGACUUCAUCGACCGUUACAGGGUGAUGUGCGCUCUUGCAUUUUCCCGAGUGGCGACGUUGUCUGGUGACGCCGCAGGGGUCCGCGAGAAAAUGGACCUUACGAUGGCGCUGGCUCGCCACUGUAUGCACUUCCAAGCGCAGAGCUUUAAGGGAUCCCGAGAGACGCUGAGCAACGAUACGCUCCGUCUCAUGGGAACCUGCUAUAUCCCGUCGCCUCUUGCGAGCUGGAACCGAAAUCUCAUGGGAUACAGCAGUUCGACUGCGGAACAGCGAUGGUUGAGGACCGAUACGAGUAUCAAACACAACGACCUCACCAAGCUGUCGCCCAUUGAGUUGUCAAGGGAUGCGGUCAGCCAGGUUGAUGCUGUGAAGUUCUUCAAGGGAUUUCUGCAGCUCAGGCCGACACUUUCUUUCAUCCCUGGAUCGUUCCUGGCACUCAAGGCUCUUAACCGAUUCCCCACGCUGGACUCUUUGAAAGAGCAAGCGACUCACCUCGAUAACGAUCGCAAGGAACACGGCUACGAUCUUCCUGCCGUGGAUGCGAACGGGAUCGGGGAAGCGGCCGCCUUUCGCAACGAAGACGACGAUGAAAAUACCCCGUUGAUGCGCGGGUGGGUCUCGUUCAUGAAAGCGAUGGCUGAGACCUACCCCGGGCGAUGCGUUAGCGUCGAUGAUACGCUCAACUGGGGAGCCAGCGCCCCUAUGACCUAUGAGGACGGUGCGGGGCAGACUACCAUCCGCCCGACUGAUGGAUGGGUGUAUGUCCCCGCGAUGAAUUCGGACAUUUACGAUCCUCAGGAAACGUUCCUUCGCGGAACAAAUCUCCGAUACCUCUGGUCGAUUCUUGCACACGGAGGUCUGUUCGGGGAGGAUUACGUGACGGACGAUCAUGGAAGUCACGAACCCUGCGUCUGGGUGACUGGACACGCUUCCGAGGCUGCCAGUAGCUACGCGUCUGGCACAUACCUCGGCGGAGGAUACUGGUUCCAAGUGAUGAUCUGUGUCUCCCGGACUGUGGUGAACAGCCACGGUCGCACGACGAAGAGGCUGGGGGGAUCCCAGAAACAGAUCCGCGUCGGAACUCGAUUCCUCGAGCUGUGCGGGAUCGCGUUCAGGCCCUUCCGCCUUCUGGAUGACCGCGAACAAGGGGUCUCUACCUCUCCGCACUACGUCAUCCACGGACACCGAUUCCUCAGUACCGAUGGGACCAAAGCCGUGGCCUGGCACCCAUGGAUGGAGGCGAGCCCGAUCGAUCCUCGCACUCUGAAGCUGCUGGGAGACAGCGUCGCUCGCGAUAGUGUCGAGUUCGCCGACCUCACGAUUCAGGGGGGCAACGCUACCCAACAGGUUGCUUCUACCGAGACAGAACAAUCUGGAGCGACCGCGGCUGAUGAUCAGGCUGCAGCGGGUGGCAGUGAGGCAACGGAGCGAGUCACUGCAUGUCCACUCAGCAGUGCUUCGACGCAAUCACUGGAUGCCCGCUCGAGACAAUUGUCGGAGGACCCUCCAAAGAAUGGGAGGCAUGGUGCAGACACUACCGAAAGGCAUACUAUGCUCGGAAAUUUCGGCUAUACGCCCGCCAAGAGCGUCAAGGGUAUCCCGUACGGCGAAGAAGGAACAACGGAUAUCAUUAGCGCGCCUGUUUGGAGCCCGGCCGAUGCACUUGUGGCCGUCUCGAUCCAUGGAGUCAGAACGGUCACGACCAUGGCCUCCACGAUUGCAUUUGGGGGUGCUCCGCCAACGAUCAAGCCGGCGGUACCCAGCAAGCCGCAGAGAUUCGUUGUCAUGCACGAUGGCCUGCUGUCCUUCAGGUCUGCCAAGUCCUGGCACGAUGGUGAGAUGAACGCCCAUCUGAAAAGCGCGCUGACGAGCUUUGGGUUCCCUGAUUCCGAGGUGCGCGUGCAGGCGUUUGGUGAGGACAACAAGCUCAAGGAUAUGGUCGACACGCUCGCGAUGAUGCAGAGCGAGACCUCCAUCCCGCCAUCGAAUGUGCACAUCCUCAUCCUUUGGAGAGGAGAAGAUCUGUGGAAGAUAGACCAGGGCUGGAACAAGCUGACUGGUGACAUCGACAUGGCACGAUCUCAAUAUGCCAAAACAACCGCCCGGGAUGCUCUCGAGAAGUAUAAUACGAUCUACGGAUCGGUGUCCCUUUGCGGACCGGUGUCACCGAGCAUGGUGCAUCUUCCGACUCUUCCUGGCCCUCUCUUCGAGAAAUACAGAGAGGAGAUGAGAUCAAUCUGGGACGAGAUCAGGAGGUCCAACUUCCUCACUCUGUCGUUUGACGCUAUCCUGGAAGGUCUGCCGUACCUGAAGGGAUAUCACAUCAUGCAUGAAUCCAAAACGAUUGGGGUCCUGUGUACUCGUAUCUGCUCGAUGUUCACACUUGCGGCUCUCGCACGGUUUCCGUCUUACGGGACACGCCGGGAGUAUCAGAUCGCUGCCGAUAAAAUGUGGGCACGCACCCCAGUCCCGGAAGAGAAGUCGACGGGCACGGUGAAGGCCAUUGUGCACUCCACAGUGCAGGACCUCAUCGAUGGUGCAGAUCGCGGCGCCGAUCAUCAAGCCGCAGAGACUGUCGAUAUGAGUCGGCUUGGCUUCGAUGAUGACGACGAUGACGAUAUGCCUGACGACGUAGGUCCGACAGCUCCCGGGAAUCCGAUCAAAGAGGAACAGGGAACAUUGGCGGAUCUACCGGGUGUUCGUCAUCCGGAUCCGAUUGAGUUGCCAGCUACUCCUGUGCCUGGCGAGGCAAUGCCAGUGUCGCCCGGCCUUGCUCCGGCUGCUACGAACGAUGAAGAAUCUAGCAGCAGUUCCGAUGACGACGAACAGCAAGGGGAUGGUGAUGCGGCGAUGCCCGCAGUCAAGAAUGAGGAGUUCAAUGGGCUUCUCGAAGGAAUGACUGAGGCAUUCGGGAAAAUGCCUACUCCUCGGGAUGCCGAGCGAACUGUCGCUGCCAAUCGGAACGCUGCACGACCACCUGCCGUGCCGUCGAUCCCUCUCUCUACGAUGAAGAAGCCAAAGCCAAUUGGUGGCGAGGAAGCCGCGGGGCCCACCGCCGAGAAUCGACAAGGUUAUGCGCACUUCGAAAGCCAAGUCAGUGAAGCUGAAGCUCGCCGCGAACAGGCUGCGACAAUGAAAGCGCAUAUCGCUGAAGUGGCAAAGGGCGCCACCGGUGUUGAGAAUGCCGAACAUCUUCGAUCCAUUGCCGAUGGGCUAGCCAAGAUCUUGGACCCGAACAUGAGCGAUGACAAUGUGUUCCAGGGUGCCUUGUAUCCUCCGGGUGACUAUGCGCUUGACGCUGUCACGAACCGACUGGCUCAAGGCAGACGUCGGGUCGAAUCGAACAGCAAUCUCAUCAGGGAGAUGGCCAGCGACCGAUUCACGCCUGUGCUCAUCAACCGAGACACUGGUGAGACUGUGUCUGCCAUCGAUGCACGAUGGACCCCGGAGUAUGGAAACAGGGGGGAGCUUGAAGCUAAGGUUGGUGCGAUUAUUUCCAACCUGGAUGCAGUGGUUGCAAGCAUGUCAACCCUCCCUGUGUUCCAUCCGCACAUUCCCUCGACGUAUGGUAUGGCUCGAUCGCUUCUCAACACAUACCAGUCGUUGCAGAUUGCCAUCCGACACCGUGGCAUGGGUGCGAUGUCCUUCGAACAGAUGGUGUUCAAACCAGAGCUCAUUGCGCCUACCCCCGGAAAAGUCAUUCAGUCCAUGCGGGUUGCCCUGGUGAAUAACACAGCGGCGAGGUUGACGAGAGAGGACCUCAAGCUGCCACCGGGCUUCGCCAUGCAACGACGAGUGACUGAAUUCCGCAAGCCGGAAGAAGACCCGGUGCAGAGCCUAAUGGGACUCACCGAUGACUUGAGCUAUGGCACUAUCGGCCGAACUGGGGAUGACAGGUUGUCCCAGUUCCAUCGCAGUGUUGCGGUACAGCUGCGAAACACUGCAGGUUUCAUUGCGAGCGAGUUCCAGAGGCAUGCCCGAUCUAUUGCCGCUUCCUCCUCGCGUCGCAGUGACGCCUCAGGCGCCCUGAGUAGUCAGGGUGAAGGCGCGGCGGACAACGAUCUUCUGUCCACCGAGCAGGCCAGUGCCGCAUCUGGGCGUACGGCAACGCCGCCCCCGCCAAACGUGGCUCCUCCUCCUCCGCCUACAGCGGCAGCACCUCCGAGGGCGUCCGAAGAGAGUGCAAAGGAGGAUGACGAUGAUACCAAGAUGGAUGAUGACACGGCCGAUCAGCUGCCUGAGCAGAAACCCGAGGAGGACUCAGAUAUGGGUGGCGGAAAGGAGCUGCAUGACGAGGUCCCCGGCAAGGCCCCGCCACCAGCUGCCCGAACCGCUGAGAACCCUCCGGAACUCGGCGUGCGUUCCAGUUCUCCGAAUGUCAUGCCUGCUCAGGGAGCCGUGCUCUCCGGUGCUCGAGGACCGGAUGUCGAUAUUGACCCGGCCAGCACCACAGCCGAUCAGGCGGCAAAUGAUCCGAGAAACUGCCGGAUCGAGGGCCCUGGCAUCAAGGCGACAACGAUCCAUCGCCCUGAUCAGUUGCCCGAAAGGGGUAUUGACUCCAUUGCGCCGAUCGUGCAGUACGAAAUGACGUCUGUCCCGAUUGCACUGCCAGAUUUCGUCGUCCCAGAUCGAACUCCACAUGGGCGCCGAUUCGCCAUGCUGUCCUCGAAUCAGACAGUGUACUUGAACAUGGCACUUCACAAGAAACCUGUCAAAGGAGACUACGAUUCUUUCCUCCGACCGGAAUCUUAUGAGGACUGCCGCGAGAUUCAUGAAGCUGUCCGGGCCUACAAUGCCAAAGAGGCAAAAUACCGAUCUGUCGGCGGAACAUCUGUGUCAUGCAGCCGAUUGCUUAUUGAUGACGCACAAAACAUCCCUGCCGCCAGGAUUCCGGACGCAGGCAUGAUCAGUUUGGUGCGUAAGCUGCUGUUCCGAGUGCUGACGCAGACGAAGGAGUAUCCAUCCGCGACUGCCGUCAGAACACAGAAUCGCCCCCAGGAUCAAGAGAGGGGCGUUCCCUUGUAUUCAUACCUCGACCAGAGUGGCAUCAUCGCUUUCGGUGUCAUUCCGAUGUACAUGGAACGCGAGAGGGAAUACAUGAAGGCCAACGCUGGCGAAUUCAGCGGCCGGACGCUUCUCCAGACAAGCGUUCUGGAUGAUGACGAUAAGCCGAGCGAGCUCACCGUCCAGUGCAUCAUGGAGAUUGCUCGGACGGACAACAACCGAAUGUUUGAGUUCUUCUAUUCGACGAUCGACAACGAUGGAAGUCCUCAAUUUGUUGGCAUCCGAGCAACCUAUGGUUUCGGUCCCGAUAAUUUCAACCGAUUCCGACUGCUGAUCAAGUGUCAGCACGGGCCAUUCAUUCAGCUCGCUCAAGACCAUUAUGUCAGCGGCGAGAGGAGACGAAAUGUGGCCCGAUACCAUCCUCAGUACGGAUGGGGAUGCGCAACGAUUCGCGAGUUCUUCGGAUACAUGAACGAUUGCAAGAUCAAUCCCCCGAAGGGGCAGCUCUUCCUCACAUUGCUCCCGUAUGCCCCUGGAUCUGGGAAGAACAAUGAGUGGGAAGAGGUGUACAUGAACGUCCGAAUGAACCCGGGACGUGAGACGCUCUCGAACACCGCGUCAUCACAAUGCAUGCUCCCCGAAGGAAUGGGAUCCAACCGCAUGAUUGUUUUUGCCAUUGAUUUGCACAUGAUUGCGGCGGGUAUCAACCCGAUUACUUUCCAUCCGAGAGGGUACUAUGCGAUCAAGGACAGUAUCCCUCUCGCAUGUAUGCCGAUUGCAUACUUCAUGGAUACGGGAUCUCUAGUGUUCAACACGGCCUUCAAAUACAUCGGAGGUCCGAAGUUUGGCACUGGCCCUAAGAGAGGAGACCACAAACGAGAAACGUGGCCACUCGCUAGCUUCGACUGCCCCAUGUGCGGAGCUUCAUUCCCGGUUGGUCUCCACAUGUGCCACUCUUGCACUAAGCCGAUUCACUAUCCUGAUGGGAUGUUCUACGCCGAUCCUGUGAACCCCUUCCAGGUUGAAUAUUACGGAAGUCAUGCUGAGUGGCUCAACGAUCUGAUCGAGCGAAACGAGCUUACCGAGUUCCAGCUUCACGAGUUUCCUGCGAUCAAGCAGCUGAGGAAUUUCCCGGUGUCUAGGUCUCUCGCUGAGGACCAUAGGCAAACCGCAUUCUUCGGAGUGCCGCCGAUCAAAUGCACCGCAGCUGACACAUCGCCGAAGGAAGUGGAACUGUUCAAGAAAAGCGUGCGCGGUACGAUUCAAGGCGCCAUUCGCUUAGACAUUUCCAUUGAGAGGCUUGUUGCCGGUAUCACUGGCAAGGAAGCUCGAUGUGGCGUGGAGGACUUCUUCAACUCACAGUCGAUCGCAUGUGCUGCCACGCUUGUCAAGCACUUUGGAGCGGUCUUCGCCACAUGUCGCGAAAAGCCGCUGUGCUACUAUGCACGCUGGUCGAUCCACUGCCAGCGCGCAUACCGAGUCUGCCUGUCGCGAGGAUAUCUCUCCCCCUUUUACACAGGUGGGACGGUCGAUUACACCAUCGACCCAGAGAUGGCAGAAAAGAUUCGACUUGCGCAUCUGCCCUUGCAGAACGCCAAUCUGGCGAUGAGGCGGCUCAUUCGACUCUCCACCGAGUUUGGAACGUUGGAUGAAUUCCGUGCCACUAUCACGAAUACUACGCAAAAGUAUCAGCGUUACAUGCGUGUCGAUAGUGAGAGCCUUUCCGCGCUCCUGGCCAAGGUUACCCUUACCACAUGCUACGGCAUUCCGAUGAAAGGUGAGCCUGGCUAUAUCUCUGACGAUGAAGCAGAGGAGAUCGAAGGAGCCGCAGCGGCGAGUGAGAAGCCCAAAGGGAAGGGCAAAGGGGAAGAUGAGUCCGACAUCCAAGCCAUCAACUGGCGUGAGUUGGACCCUUUGGGACGGAAGCUCAUUCCGCACCACUCUGACCCCCGAUUCACGAUUGUCGCUGAGGGGAAUACGGCACUCCUUGAUGCAGCCGAAACGCCGGAUGAGACGCGUAAGGAAUUCAAGGAGUUCGUUCGCGAUCACGCCCUCAAGAUAAAGGAAUGCUUUGACGAUGAUCGUGAAACAGAGAAGACAUUCUUCAAUCUUGUUGAAGGAGUGAAGGAUCAGCUCCCCGAUGCUAAGAGCACUGACCCGCUUCUGAUGAAGAGGACUGAGGAUGUCUUCGAGGCUCUACCCGAUGAACUGGAUGAACCUCCGAGAUUGUUCGAUGUUGCAGCUCGACAGGCACGACGGCGUGACACUACGCCUCAGCGCAGAGUGCAGGUCACCGAGCAAAGACAAGCGCCGAUUCCCGAGGCUCAUGCCGUCCCCAUUCCUCCAGAUGACGAGGAUGAGGAUGAUAGUGAGCUCGAACGGGCGGUCCGACCCGGUCCGACAUCACAACGCCUUGGACGAGAACACCUCGGAGGCGUCGCUCCUGAGACGUUUCCGCCUCCGCCGCGUAACAUGCCGCCGCCGUCAAAUUUGCCGACUCGAAAGUCACAUCGGCAAACGGGCUACAGCGCUGCUCAUCCUGAUGGAGAACCGCUAAGGGUGUCGGGGAGGGCAGCAUACUCCGAUCAGAUGCAGUUGCCCCCGGUGCUGCGAAUGAAGACUCGGGUUCCAGAGUCGGAUCUGGAUAACCCAACGAUUGAGGAGAUCAUUCGCAUGUAUCAUGCACCGAACACGCUUUCCAUCAUCAGGAAGAAGGCCGCGGGUGUCAUAAUCGCGAUGAGCGCGAAUCCUGAUGACGAUGUCAAUAUGAGGGCGGCUGGUGUGACUGUUCCCCAUACCGAGAAUACGGGGACGGGACGAGCAGCCUCGCCCGGUAGCACAUCUGCUGCUACUCAGGAGCGGAUUAAUCCCCAUGCACCAGGCGUUCGCACUGCGUCCAAUCCACCGUCGAAGUUGCCGCGCGAUGAAAAAUGGGCUCCCUCGAUUGUGCGACCAGCGCCGGCUCAGGUGAUCAAAGGUGCGGAAGCACGGGGACGCACGCAACAGCGUGCUGCUGAAGCAACGGAUGUUGCUCCGCCAGCUCCCUCCGAUACUGCUUCGUCGGAGCCACGAUCUCGAACGAUGGGCCCGGCCAAAGAGACAACGGCCAAAGGCAAGUCCCGAGCUGGAUCCAACGUGACAGGCCUCAUCGAUGAAGCUGAUGACGUGAGGAGCUUACAGGAAGCACGCAUCGGCAGUGAGAACGCAACGCAGAUUCAGGGCCAGCAGAUGUACUGCCACAAUCGGCUUCUGCCUUAUUUCAGCGAAGCCAGCAAGGUCCUGGAAGAGCUCCCGACGGAGGUGUUGGCCUCCUCCCGGUCUCUGCGCCGCUUCGUCACGGGAGGGGUUGGCCGGACGGCGCCCUCGGCGCUUCCGGUGCCUUCCCGGUUUCUCGGGAGGGGCCCAGCACUGCCGGACGCCGAGGAGAUCUCCAAGGCCGCCAGGGCUCUCCGAGCCAGUCGCUCCGAAGCUGCCUUGAGGACGGGCGAGCGACCUUCGAACGCGUCAAGUGGUGCCAAGGCCGCGGCCAAGCUGCUGCUGUCGAAGUCAGGAGACCUCUCGGCGGCCUCUCGUGUGCUGGCCGUAGAUCGACGCGUUCGCACUGCGUCCAUGAACAAGCUUUGCAUUCCACUUUUCGUCCGAUUCGAGCGAUUUCACUGGCCUUGUGGCCUGCGCAGCACUGAUCUCUUCUGCCAAGAGCCAGUGCGUGCAUCCGGAAAGGAAGGCGGUGACUGCCCACGGAAUUUCAAGACCGUCGACUUCGACGACAAGGUCUGCGCGGCAGCGGCUUUCGUGUCCUCAGCGAAGAGCCAAUGUGUGCACCCGGAGCGAAAGGAUCCCUAUCUCUGCGGUGACUGUCCUCGCAACGGCUUCGCCAAAGCCCAGACAGCGCCAAAGAAGGACGUCUGCGCAGCGGCGGCCUUCGUGUCUUCCGCCAAGACCCAGUGCGUGCAUCCGGACAGGAAGGAUCCGUAUCUUUGUGGAGACUGCCCUAGGAAUCCAAAGUUCAGCAAUCUCUGA